AAACAAUUCGUGAUCAUUUCAGAAAGAAGCAGAAAGUCGGCUCGCGAAUGCCGUGCUCGGAAGAAGUUGCGCUACCAAUAUCUAGAGGAACUCGUGGCAGACCGCGAACGCUCCGUUCUAUCACUGAGAAAAGAGCUCGAGAAAUACUAUCAAUGGAACAACGAGCUCGACCAGGGACGGAUUCCAGAAAGAAUCGAAGACCUGCUUCGAGAGAUGGGAGUGAAGCAGGAGGAGCCCCAGCCUUUCUGAAGAUAUAAUUUUGAAGGUAACUUACAAUUUAAGUUCCACUUAUCCGGGUAAUAUGUUUUAUUAUAUAACCAAAAAUUUUAUAUUUAUUACCUUCAUAGUGUCCAGAUUUUUUUGAAAA